AGUUUUACCCGCCCUCCUACGACCUGCGAAGUUCGUCGGAGCUGGAGCUAUCAAAUGCAAAUAUGCCUGGGUCUGGAAGAGCGCCCUUGUUUGUCAUGCAUCUUUUGGAUUACGCAAAGAAAUGUAAUGCACGCAAAAGCAUUACAGGAACAGGUUUGCACAGGCCUUCUGGUAUCUACUUAUCCUGCAUGAGAAAUUCUCAAUUUGCGUAGCACGAAAUGCUGGGCAGCUUUUGGCGAUCAUGCAAUACAACUUUUUGCCUAUUCCAUAAUCCGCAUCACAAGUUCCAACCUUCCAGACCCAGACAUAUUUGCAAUGCAUAGGAGGCCUUCUUCUGCGACGCGUUCUUUCACCGAUUGGUAUCGUAUCCUGCGCAAAAGUAUCGUACUCGUACUAAUCGCAGCCAUGCAAGACAAAUUUCUUUUUCGAGCUAAAAUCAGCAUGAGAAAUUCCAUUUGUCAUGCUGAGCUAAUUUGUAUUGCAAUACUACGAGUACGAUACUUUUGCAGUUCAUAUGUCGCAGAGACACACGCUAUCAAAAUGAAAAAAGCCCCCACCCCAUAUUCAAAAAGAACAAAUUUCUGUUGCUGGAUAAUUUCCGUAUACAAAUCGGCACUGUUUUGCAGAUAUAAAAUCUACUACUUGGCGGGAUUUUCUAUGCCUGUCUGGGUUGUAUCAUGCAGGAGGCUAGCAAUUAGGCAUCUUGAACAUAAUUGCAGUAGAUAGUCGAAAGUGCAUGUUCUUGACAGACUGGCUGUGGAAUGCGCCGCAUGGCUUCCAUUUUUACCCUAUAGGCGAGAUGACAGAGCUGAUUUGUGGCCACAAAUCAGCAUCAGAGGUCUCCACUUUGAGUAUGGGGAGGGGGGAUUUACUUUCCUUUUGAUACGCGAAGGCCUGCAAGCGGGUGAUGCGCCGGCUGAUGGAGAAAAGGCAGAAGCUCAUCCUUGCGGAAUUGGUGAACUACUUGAAAACCUGCAACAGGUCCGGGAGCGCGAGUCCGCCUUCGAAGACGAAGUUGGCGCAACUGCAGGCCUUAGUAGAGGAGGACGCCGGAUUGGCAGACUUGGCAAAUUGGUUCGAGAAACAAACCUGCACAACGGCCCGCAGCGCUACUAACGAAGAGACAUCAUCAAAAGCAAACAGUACUUCUGCACAACCCGCAGAGCUGCAGCCAGCAGCCAUAAUAACCUACAGAGAAAGGGAGGUGAUCGGGAAAUUUUUGGAGAAGAAUAACUUUGCGCCACUAGGCGGUGGAAACUACAGUGCAUCCACUGCGACAUCCUCGAAUUCAUCUGUGGUGGAUAGCAGUAGUUCGUCUGCCCAGCAGGCAGACGGCCAGAGUAGUAGCGCGGUUGGGUCCAGUAGUUGUAGCAAUAGCAAUCUCAGUACUAGUUGUACUAACGCG